AUGCGUUUAUACGGUAUACGGUGGAAUGAUGGGAAGAAGUUUGACAAUUUUUGGAUUCCGAAUUCAGAAUACGUCAAAAUUCAGAAUCUCACCAAACUAGGUCUAUAUGGGUAUCAAAAUGUCAGAAAUUGCAUGAAAAAUACGGUUAACGAUGUGAAAAUUUCAGAAAAUUGCUGCAGUAAUCCACAAAAGACUUUGAAUUCCAGAUUCCUGUCCACGGUGGCUCCAGAAGCAGCUGCUUCUCCAGCAGCCGACGCUGCUGCUGCUGAGAAUGCAGAAGUCGUCGAGGAUUCUGGAAAGCCAACGAAGACCCAACGCCUCACCCAACCGUACUCAUCCAAAGCGAUCACCACGCUGAAAUUGGAUCAGUAUCCAUUUAUACCCCCAUUUCCCCCUUCGUCUCCAUUUCCUAUGACCAAUGCAUACAUGUCCCUUUUGCUCAGAUAUGUGGAGCGAGAAUGGUGGAAAACCGGAAAACGAAUGACAUUCUGGGCGAGUUGGCGUCAGUUGAGAGAUGUCAAGCGGCGGCAACAAGUGCAGGAAGUGGGCGCGGAUCGAAUGCGUCUAAAAGCCAUCAAAUUCAACACAAUCCUCCCACAAGCGAUUCGUGACGAAGCGGCCGAGAAGAUGCAGAAGGCCCGUCGUUACGAUCAUCCCCGUCUGAUUCUGAAUAUGUGUCAAUUCACAGGACGUCAACGUGGAAAGAUCAAGCCGUAUCGACUGAGUCGUCAUCUGUUCCGUCGAUUCGCCGAUCGAUCGGCGUUGUCCGGCGUGCAGAGAGCCAUGUGGUGA